AUGAUUGAAAAGGGCAAAGUCUCCGAAUUGGAGAUGCGACUGAAGGCGGCAGAGCUGUCCAGACAUGUCGCCAAGACGUUGGAGAAACAAUAUACAAGUUCCAUCGUCCUGAAACACAGCAGCUCUUCAUUAUCGGUGAAUAAAGGAAGUCCAGACAAGGCGAACGAUGAUUCUGGUUACACUGAUAUGAGCCAAGACAAGAGUCGAGGGAGUAGCAAUAAGGGUUUGGUCACUGGGCAAAAUGACGACCGAGACAUCCUAGACCAAAUAGCCAGCCUCCAAGCGGAGUUAGUCAGUUUGAAACAUUCCUUCAAGAAUCACAACGAAACCUCUGAACAGGAACCCUCAUUAAACAUCGAUAACUUCUUGCAACAGAAAUCAAAUUAUGGGGAGAGUUCAGAAAUAAUCGACGGUGACUUUGCUUCUCAUACCAGAGAUAUUGGAAACAUCGACGCCCUGCUGUCCGUAUCGCGAGAUCGAGGCGAAGAUACAAAUGAUGAUUCCAAUCAAGAAUGCCAUAAAAAAACAGAUGAAUAUAAUUCAAAGGAUCAAAUACUAGCUUCAACUGGCAAUGUUUCAAGAAUACCGCGGUUAAAACAAAUCAUUAGAAGUGUUAUAACUGAGCUGAAACAUAAUGAAAUAUUUAAAAAUAAGACUCCGGAUAGCAACGUUAUUGAUAAUGAAGAAACAGCAACGUUACUAAACGAUGAUUCAUAUGAAAAUAAAAUUGAUAAAAGUGAUGGAAAUAAAUUCAUUAACAUCGGCGCUAAUGGCAAUGAAGUUUACAACGAAGUCGUUAAUAAUAGACGGACUGAUCUUAAUAUUCGCAAUUCGGAGAUAAAACAAAAUAAUGAUCACGUUAUUAAGACCUCUACGAUAUCUAAUAAGCAAUUAUCAAAAGGGGCAGAUUGUAGUAAAAAAAAAACUGUCGUCCAAACAUCGAUGAGCGAAUCUAACGCGGCAAAUAUUGCACAAGAAAAUGCUUUGCUAGACAAUAGUAAAGAUCAAACCGUUGCUAAUUUAAAGCCGAAUCUCCGAAAUCAAGAGACAAUCUAA